CAAUAGUUCCAUCAUAUCAUCAAUUAUCUUGGAAACCGCUAGUACAAAUCAAGUUCAUUCUUGCACUGGCCACUGUGCCACAUAGGCAACAUUUGAUAGGAUCAAUAUAUAAAACAUGGCUUUAUGGGUAUGGAUAGUCACACUACUGUUUGUUACUGGUAUUAUAGCCACCCAUCACUGGGAUGAAAAUGGUUAUGUAUUGUUCUGUCUGUGUAUGGGAAGAUUUGGUAAUCAGGCAGACCAUUUUCUCGGAGGAUUAUCAUUUACUAAGGCAGUCAAUCGUACUCUUGUUUUACCAGCAUUUAGAACAUAUAUAAACGUACCAUUUGAUGAAUGGUUUAAAGUGGAACCAUUAGAAGAAUAUCACAGAGUUAUAUUAGCAGAAGACUUUAUGGCAGAACUUGCCUCUGAACACUGGCCUGUAGGGAAAAGAACUGGAUUUUGUUAUGCACCAAGGGGUGGAACUUGUGAAAUGAAGAAUGGUAAUCCAUUCACCAACUUCUGGGAUGAAUAUGGUGUUGAUUUUGAUGAGAUUCACCCACUACAAGCAUACUAUGCUGACACACAGAAUUUUAUGGAUGUGUAUCCACCUGAGAAGUAUCCAGUGCUUGCUUUGCGAGGUGCCCCAGCAGUUUUCCCUGUGGCAGAAAAAGAUGUUCCACUACAAAAAUAUCUACAGUGGUCAGAUAAGAUACAGGACGAGAUAGAUCAUCAUAUUCACAAACUUUUCAACAAUGAUCUGUAUGUUGGUAUACAUCUACGCAAUGGAGCAGAUUGGAAAAGAGCAUGUGAACAUGCCAAAGAUCAGAUAAGAUACAUGGCAUCACCACAAUGUCUUGGAUAUAAAAAUUAUGAAAAACUACCAGCAAAUCUCUGCUAUCCAUCCACAACAGAAGUUUUAAGACUUACCAAAAAAGUUGUUGAAGAAACUAAAGUCAAACAUUUAUUCAUUGCAACAGACCAGAGGAAUUUAAUGAAUGAAUUAAGAGGAGUUUUAGGUCCUGAAAUCAACAUUGUCCAUUUAGAUCCACACCUUCCUAUUAUAGACAUUGGAAUAUUACAGAAAUCUGAGCAUUUUAUAGGAAACUGUGUGUCAUCUUUUACUGCAUCUGUAACCAGAGAUCGACUAGUAAAGGAAAAACCAACAUCAUUUUGGGGAUAUAGCUGAUAGAGUCGAGUCAUCAAAGAAAUUCUGUUGAUCAUUCCAAUUUCUAUGUAACAUUCUUCAUCCUUUUGAAAUACUACAUGUACUAUGCAACAGUGCUCUUGUAUGAUGGACAUCAUAUUCAUGCAAUUUGCCUAUGUAUUCAUUCGUCCAUCUUUUUUCAUUUAAUUUAUCCUUUUCAAUGUAAUUGAUAUCACUAAAUUGAUUUCAUCUGAUGAAUUUGUAUGAAACUCAACUACUCAUACCCACAUGCCCAUUAUGUGUAUUAUGUUUUUGUCCUUUAAAGAACUUUAGUGAUCUUUGUUUAAUUUAUUUAUAAUAAUCUAGACUGUUGAUAAUUUGAACUUGACAUAUAGUUUUGAUAGUUUGUUAUUAUUGAGUCAAUAUGUUGAACUUUAGAUGUCAUGUCUGGUUUUAUUUUUUUUGGUUGCUGUCUAAGUCAGGUAUACCCCUGAUAUCCUACUAUUUAUAUUUUUAUUAUUUAAUAAGAUAUGUAAUUUUUAAACAUAUUAUAACAUGCUUUUUCGUUAUCUAUUAUACUAUAGCGUGCACAGGGAAUCUAGUCUCUCUUGGAAUUUUUAUAUUCCUGUUAUACUCAAUAAGAUUGAUUAGGUGUAAUAAAUAAGGUUUAUUUAAAAAUGAAAAUCAUGAGUAUAAUUUGAUACUUUUAAUGAUUUAGUGUUUGAAUUUUGAUUCUGGAGUUUUAAAAAUGUAAUAUUGAUUUAUAUAUGUUAAACAUAAACAAAAGAUUCAUUUUGAUAUGUUAAAUUGUAAUCAUUUAAUGAAAAAAACUGAUUUAGAAUACUAGAAAACAUGCUGUUAAAAAUGCUUAAAAUAAUAGUUAUUUUAUGUGCAUUUGUUUGCUCAGUAGUAAGUGAUUGAAGUGAGAUGAGGUAAUUUUAGUUUUAUUGAAAACUUAUUAGAAGAAAAAUACCAGUAAGGUUGAUGUCCUUGAUGCUAUUUGACCAGUCAUAUACACACUUUCAAAGAUUAUAUCUUUAUAUUCAUUAUAGUUUCGCAGUUGGCAUAUAACAAAUAUUUUUGGACCAUUUACCAAACAUCAAUCAAACAAUUAAUCAAUUAUAAUUUCAAAUUAAGGAUGACAGUUUUAAAUCCCGCAUCCAGCGUCAAAAUUUUGGUUUCUGGAAAAAAACUUUUGUCAUAAGGAAUAUCUUUACCAAAUUUGGCUUGAUAAUGACCCAUAGAAGAAUAAGAUACCUAUAGAUUUUUUAAUCAAAGGUAAAUGUCAAAGAGAUUGUCUUUUAAACCAUAUAUCCAAAUGAUACCAAAACUGGUUUAGUAUUGCCUCAUGAGGUGAGGAAGACCCCUAUUGAUUUAGAGGUUGGUAGGAUAGAUGUCAAGGUCACAGCAGCUAUUUAAAGACUGAUAUUUAGGCAAAGUAUUGGUUUCUUGAUGCUAUCCUUUAAUACCUAUUGAGAUGGAGAGCCAUAAAUCAGAUAUUUACCUUACUAGAAAAUACACCUUGGAGUGAAAAAGACCCCUCUUGAUUUGAGGUCAAAAGUCAAUGUUACAACAGCAAUGUACAGACUGAAAUUUAGGGAAAUUUUUUGUUACCCAAUAGUUGACAUAUUUGUCAUUGCAGUCAUCAUUAAACUCCACAAAAAAUCUGUUUCUACUACUACAAAUCCAUUAAGAUCACAACUUAGCGUAUGCACCAAUGGUGCUUCUGUGAUUUUAAAAUUCUUCUUAUAUGCCAAACAAAGGCAUUUAUGUUUCAUGUACAAUUUAUUGUCAUGUACUAACGUUGUUCUAUGAUUGGAAAUGUUUGAUAUGAUGUUUUAUGCCUAUGAAAUUUUUAAUUGAGGAGGUACAUUUUUAAUUUUAUUUUCUGAAAAUAAAAACUAAUAAGUAACAUUUACUAAUUACAAACUUUUGAACUUUCAAUCAUGUAAUUAUUAGCUUAAGUGAAACAGUAUCAAUUGACUGGUGUAAUGAAAGAAGUUCAUACAAGAGCCAUUUAAAUGUAGGAUGUUUACAUGAAAUCCUGUUUUAUUAUUUGUGUCAGAGAAUCCCAGCAUAGUGUAUAAAAUUGUUGCAUUUGUAGUUCUUCAUUCUUGUAAUGUUUUGCUGAUAUUAGAAUAAGUCUGGUAUAAGUGCUUAACACAGGGAUAGAGUCUUGGCUGCUUGGUUUUGUUUAAUUUUAUUGUACUCAGGUUAUGUUUCCUCUGCUUUUCAAAGAAGCAGUUCAGAUGGUUUAUGAUUGAUAUUAUAUUUUUGAUGUAGUAAUAUAUAUUAUGUAGUUGCAUAGGAACUAACCAAUUUUUAUAACUUUACUCGGAAUAUUUUCUUUUCUUGUUAAGCUAUUUGGUGUUCGAUGACCAUACAAUGGAAAUUUUUCUGUGUCUCUUUUCACAAAAAAUCUUAUGAUAAAAAUUGAUCGUAAGUUAUACUGAAAUGUUCAUGACUUACAAGUAUUUUUUCUUGUAAGAUUUUUUGUGAAAUUAGUUCUUGAUCUUAUCAAUUUAUAUACAUAGUACUAAGUUUUUUAAGAAGAUUUUCCUGGCUCCAUGGUUUAGAUCUCAUAUUUAUUUACCUUUGUCUCAUUACGUAUUGUUUAAAGAUGGGAUUAGUAUUUAUCUGGUGAAUGGACUCUAACCCUAACUCUUAAAUUUAACCAGGAUUGUUUUGUUAACGCAAAUCAUACAAGACAGACUUUUCCAGUGUGUUUUAGUGACAUUUGGUACAGUGAAAUGUCUGAUUUUCCAAGGUUAUUUUUCUUGACUGUGGUACUGUUAAACUUGUUUUACAGAAUGCCAUACCUUCAUUUGAUACGUAGAAGUUUUUAUUUUGUAUCUAGUUAAUAACAGAUUUUACAUAACUUUUGAAUGUCCCAUACCUAUAAAAGAAUGGGUCAAGGAACUAACAGUUUCUAGCAUAGUAUUGUGUCCAGCAUAUAUAUUAAAUACCAAUAUGCAUAUUGUCUUGUGCCAGUCAAGACAAUAUGCACAUUAGUAUUUAUAAUUACACCUUAUGUAAGAAUCCUGGGUUUUGAUUGGUUGAUAGCCAGUGUAUUUUUCACCAAUUUACUUUUAUCAAAUGAAUAUCGUUCAUUUUUAACAGCGCCGGGGUAUAUGUAAAAAGGAUAUGCCUUUCUUACCCUCUCUGCCGUGGUAUCGCCAAAAAAUACUCUAUCCGACUGGACGAUUGUAAUGUCACGAUCAUCAAUGCGUUUUAUGUCACGAUCAUCAAUGCGUUUUUUACGUUAACAUUCGGUGUAAUUAAACAGAUAUAGCAUGUUCUUGAGGGGUAUUUGCAAAAAAUAUCAGUCUUGAGAAUGAAUUUCCCUCGCCUUACGGCUCGCGAAAUUUAACAUUCUCUCGACUGGUAUUUUUUGCAAAUACCCCUCCUUAACAUGAUAUAUCUGUUCAAUAUACACUUGUUUACUCUCCAUUGUCAACAUGCUGUAGUUGUAUUAUGCUGCCCUGCCAUAACCCUCAAUUGAAUGUGAAAUUUUAUUCCACGUUUUUUCCAGCGAUCUAGGUGGUCUGCUGUUGCUUUUCCCCUUUAUUUUAUAUGUUGGUUGAAAUCCUAAUUAGCACUAAUGAAAUUUUCGCAAGUGAAUAAAACAUGCAUAUUUUCCUAUAAUGAAUUGUGCAAUAUUUUUCUAAUAAUAAAAUUGAGAAUGGAAAUAGGGAAUGUGUCAAAGAGACAACAACCCGACCAAAGAGCAGAAAACUAGUUGAGACUCAAUUUGGAAUGUAAAUAUAUUAUUAAUUCUAUUGUUUUAUCUUUCUGCUAUUUGUUUAUACUUUAAUGACUUCAUUGACUUUCAUCUAUGUAUUUAUGACAGAUUGUGCGUGACAAAAAAUUAAAUAACCCGAUCUUUGGCAUAUUUGUAUAAGUGGUUCUCUAACAGCAUCAUUGCUGCUGCCUAGGCAAAUAUAACAUUAGAUGUCUCUCAUUUUAAAACUGAUUAUUUUUAUAAUGCUAUUGUUGUAACUCUUCUUGCGUAUCAUUAAUUCCUCUGGAUUUUUUAAAAUCUCUUUUGGACUCAAAUAUGCUUGUUAACAGUCUAUUGCUAAACUGAUAUUAGUUGUGCAUUCUUCUCUGUAUGUUAAGUUAGAAACCUGAUCAAUGGUCGUCUUUUUUAUAAAAAUAUUUUUUAUAUAUUUAGGUAUUCAAUGUUGAAAGGAAAUUUGUGAUUGUCUUUGUUGAAUUUGCUGAAACUAAACAGUUUGACUGCUUAAUGUAUAAAAAGGACUCUUGUUUAUUGCUUUGGACUAUGUGGUGACCUUUUAAAUGUCUUUUGUUGUGCCAUUGAUAAGCUAUCCAUUAAUGUUCACCCCAAAACUCAUUAUACCCCAUGCAACGGGUUGCAGAGGGUAUAAUGUUUUUGACCCAUCCGUCUGUCUGUCCGUCUGUCCGUCCGUCAGUCCGUCAGUCCUGUUUCUUGUCAUCGCAACUCCUCUCAAACCACACAACAGAAUUUCACGAAACCUUUUUAGAUAAUAAGGACAUACUAUGUAGUUGUGCAUAUCAUCAGGAAAUUACGAUUCAAUUUUUUUUCUAGAAGUUACGCCCCUUUGAACUUAUUUGCUUCAAUGUACUACUGCAACAGUUUGUCAUCGCAACUCCUCUGAAACCACACCACAGAAUUUCAUGAAACUUCGUAGAUAAUAAGGACAUACUAUGUAGAUGUGCAUAUUGACAGGAAAUUACGAUUCAAUUUUUUUUCUUACACUUAUUUUAUUUCUCCAAUGACAAUGUGGGGACGUGGGGUAUGUGAGCGCGCUCACUAAAGUUCUUUAAUUUUAGUCAGAACCUCCCUAGAUACUUAUGAGAUACUUAUAAUUGUAUGCUUUUAUUUCUCUUUUUAUCUUUAGAAGAUAUCUUUUAUUGUUUAUUUAUAUGUUGUGUCCUGCCUAUGGCAAAUGAGAGAUAUAAGAUUGCCUUAUCUACUAUGAAAACUCACAAAAGACUUUAAAGUUUUUCAGCCAUAAUCCUUAUAUACACAGGCAAGACAUCUCUGUGUGCUCACACUUGUUAUUAGUAUAGGUAGUCAUUCAUAAAUUCAAUAAUUGUAAUGUGGAUAAGUAAUCAUUUAUAACUUCAUCUAAAGCCUUCUUUGAUCUUAUCUAUGUAAGUUAGUUUGGUAUGAAUAAAAGGAGAUGUGAUGUAAAUUUUAGUUAAGACACCACCAAAGUUGAUAAAAACUUAAUAUCUAAGCUAGAGGUCACCACUCAAGUAUGGACAAGUGCCAACAUACUAUGAAUUGCUGGUCAAAACAUGAGUUGAGUCAGUAUUUUACAUUGACAACCACUGUUGAGGUUUCUGAUAUAUGGAUUACACAUAGAUAUCUCUUGGGGUUAAGUUAGUGUUGAUGUUACCUUUGACAUUGAUCGGUGUAAUAACAACAAGUACAAAGAAAAAUGCAAAGCAGUAAAAGUCAGUCAAAAGGCAUAUUUGUUUGCUUUAUUCUUUUCCUUUUCCAAGAUUUAAUUCUACAAAUACUAGAUCAUUGACAGAUGCCUUGUAUGUACAAAAUGAGGUCCUUUGAAGGUUGACAUAGAAAUUAAUACAGGUAUUACAAAGAGUCCAAUAGGAACCCUCUGUAAUACGAUGAUGAUUUCUGCCAACACCUGCAAAAUUACAGUUAUUAUUUUUAUCGAUAAAAUCAAAAUCUGACAUGAUCUUACAAUUUACAAUGUCUGAUGUAUCUGUAUUUCAGCAGUAUGGGGAUGCAGAGAUCAUCAGUCAAUGUUCAGUGAUUUGCUACAUAAAAUAACUAUUAAAUAUUGUUUUCAUUUUUGAAAUAAAAUUCUAUUAAUGAAUAUAUUAUGUUUACUUUUAUUGUUCAUUCUUUAGUAUUAAUUAAAAAUACAUGAGAUAAAGGUUAGUUAUUAUAUAUGCUAUUUGGUUUGGGGUUUUUUUUUCAGAAGAAAAUGAUUUUUAGAGUUUAAGGUAGAUGGGGUGUCUAAAUUAUAAUCCAUAGAAUUUUUUAAUAAUUUGCCAAAAUGUAGUUUAUAUCAUGCUUUUUUAAAAAUAAUAAUAAAAAGAAUGGGUCACGGGGCUUAUUUUCACGCUACAUGUUGUGCAAAAUUGACACAUUUUGUAUAGAUUAUGCAUGGAAAACCCAAUUUUCUGCCAUAAAACGAAAACUACACCAUAGAAUUUUGAGACAAGAUAUGAGAAGAUAGCUCUAAUAUAAUGCUUUCAGAUAAGAAAAAGAAAAAAUGGGGUCACGGGAUCCGGUUUCUUGCUACAUAAUAAAAUAGGUAAAUUCCUAACACAUUCUAUUGUAAAAGUAACUUUAUCUGAAUUAUCUGCCCUUACAUUUGAGUUGCCUCCCCUUAUGUGGCAAAGUUGGAAAAAAUUGAAUCAAACAAAAGUAUUCUGUUUUUUGUAAAAUACAACCAUAAAUAUGAUAAAACAUGUCAUUUUCUAUAUUGAAAUGAAAAUUCUUACACAUGAAUUACCUACUACUCUCAAAAUUUGCACAUUUUCUUAAAGAUCUAGACCGAUUGUUUUCUGGUAUUUCAAAAUUCAAGAUGGAGGAAGACACCCUAUCUACCUUAAUAUGAAAACAGUUUUAAUGAAACAUCCAUUUAUCACAUGUUACCUGAUGUUGGUACAGUUUUCAAGAUUUUAAUGCAAAUCAAUUUUUCAGAUGAAGCCUAAAACAAAACAAGAAUGGUUUUGUUGUAUGCAGAACAUUAUUUGUCCUUAUAAGUGAAUGUCUGGAAAUAAAUAUUUUACAAGUC